CAAGAUUUUCCGAUUGUGCGGAUUUUCGGAAAAUUGUAAACAAAUGUUCCCCGGAUAUAUUGAUCAUUUCAUUUUUGAGUAACGUUUAUUAAAGUAAGUCUACAAUAACAGUACAGUUAUGAAAACUGGGAAUAAACAUAAAUCGUUUAAGAUAAAUUUUGACAUGGACAAUCUUUCUUUUAGGAAGAGGUAGGAAAUUGUUUAAACGUACAAGAAAUUCGGAUAGAGAAAUCGGAUAUGUUUGACCUAAAAACAUUGACUUCAAAGGGUGGAAAAGAUACAAACAUAGACUUGCAAUUAAGCAUUACAAUAAUGCAUUGUCGUUUUUGGGAUAAAAAAGAUAACGAGGACAUUGAAGAAGUUAACAGAGUCAUAUUCAAGAGGUUGUAAACAUUUAAAUCAACAAUGUCACAUAUAGUUCAAAGUGCUAAAACUACACUCGUCAGUAUGGAGAAGCGACAACAUUUCAACAGAGCUAUGGAACUAAAUAUGAGUAUAGGUUCCGAUACAAUGAGAGAUUUGAUUAAAUCAUAUCUCGACAAAAAAGGCGUGACUUUGAAACAGCAUUUAAACGAGGAAUUUGUCAAGAUAAAAGUAGAACAGUUUAAGCACCUAUGUACUGAAAACUUUAACACGCUGCGUUCAAGUGAUCCCAGUCUAGAUCUUAUGGACGUGUCAGUAUUGACAGUUCUUAUUUUAAACACUUUUCCUACACAGUUAACAAAGGAAGCUAAAAGGUUAGUUACAGCUUUGCGGGAAAAUCGAAACAAACUGGCUCAUUCAGUAAAAGCUGAGUUAGAUGACGCUGCUCUUUUCAAUGACUCAUUUCAGAACAUUGUAGGUCUUGCAAAAGAGGUGACAAAUAUAAAGGAGUAUGCAUUUGCGUUAAUCAAAUGCAUAAACGAACUGAAAAACAGAGAACUUGUCAACUGUUGCAGUAAUAUAGAACGCGUUAAGAUUAACAAUGAAUAUUUCCUUAUUAAGCUUGUUGAAUCACAAGGAUCAGAAAGGGUUGAUGCAGACGGAACAAUUCAGAUGAAAAUCGGCUUGACGAAAUGGGUGAGGCAACUAUCAAGGGGUUUAGAUGUUGGUAUUUUCAUCCGUAUGUUGAAGAACGAAGAAGUUAUAAACGAUACGAUGAAACGCAAAAUUGAGCAAGAAUACACAUACGAAGAACAAAUGCGUGUACUAAUCUUACACAUGAUUAAUGAAACGAAAUUUAACCUGUGCAAAAUGUGUCGAUGUUUGAGAAAUUUAUCACCACAACUCGCCGAUCUGAUAGAAGACACUAACACAGAUGGAAAUGAAGUUGAAAAGUACCUGCAGCAUAUGAAGAAGAAAAAU